CAAGAGUACGUGGCUGCUUGUGUCGCGGCGGAACAGGUACUUAAGGGACUCCGUCUUCCGGUUAGUAAAUACAGGAAUGAAGACGCUCACAAGCAAACGGUGUGAUGUGGCCGACGGAUGCGGAGUGGAAGGUGUCUUCAAAAACAUUGCGGCGAUAUGGCCCUAUACCAAGCCUGUCACCAAUGGGAAUACGGUUGAAGAAUUGCAGUCGGUCGAAACGAAACCAUCCACUUGGCCUCAGCUACUUGCUGCUGUUGUUGUGAACCUGAACAUGUUCGCCCUGGGCUCGUCCAUGGGGUGGCCGGCGAUGGCGCUGCCGCAGCUGCUGUCUGCGGAGGGCGGCCUCAGAGACCGGCCGUUGACGGUAGACGAGGCAUCCUGGCUGGCGUCGCUCAUAAUCGUGACCACGCUCGUGUUCGUCCCCGUGUUCUCGGCGGUCAGUGCACACAUCGGCCGCAAAAUGCUCGGAUAUGUUGCUAUAGCUCCGCUGUUGGCCAGCUGGAUCAUCAAGGUGUUCUCGACUUCCGUUGAAGCCCUCUAUGUAGCAAGGGCGCUGGCCGGUGUGCAGAGCGCCGGGUCGCUGAUGCUGACGACGCUGUACGUCAGCGAGACGACCAGCGACGAGGUGCGGGGCAGGUUGGGCUGCCUGCUGCCCCUGCUGUGCAACAGCGGCCUGCUGUUCGCUUACGUCAUCGGCGCCGUCCUGCCUUACUACACCGUGCUGUACGUGAACAUCGCCCCUGCAGCCAUCUUCAUCAUCUGUUUCGCCUUCAUGCCUGAGACACCGUACAGGCUGGCAACCGUUCAUCGGUAUGAGCAGGCGAGAAAGGUGCUGAGGUGGCUGCGUCGAGGGAUCUCAGAGGAACAGGUGGAGCGCGAGAUGGCACGCAUUCAGGCAUCGCUGGCCGGAGACGAAGAAGGUGGCACGGGACGCGUCACCCUCAACGAACUCUGCUGCAGGGCCUCGCUCAGGGGCUUCGCCAACGCCAUCAACCUAGGCACCAACCUGCAGCUCUGCGGUUCCUUCGCUGUGCUCAACUACGCCGUCAUCAUGUUCGAUGAGGCUGGAGGAUCCGUACCCUCCGAGGUGGCAACAAUCAUCUUAGGUGCUUUGCAGGUUGUUGGCGGUCUGGCGUCCGCUCUGGCGAUGGAUCGCCUCGGUCGACGACCCCUGCUGUUCCUCUCCAAUGCGGUAAUUGGAACUUGCGUCGCCCUCCUGGGGGUCUACAUGUACCUCAAGCAGGAGACAGACGUAGACAUAUCGUCCGUCGGAUGGUUGCCUGCCACAUGCUUGUCCAUAUACGUGCUGAUGCAUUCGUUUGGCUUGAACCCACUGCCAUAUGUGGUGCUCUCCGAGAUCGCGGCUCCGAGGAUCAGAGGUCUGGCUGCCAUUGCCAUGUACACGAUGGUCUGUGUCACUGCAACCAUCCUGACCAAACUGUACCCAACCAUGUCGGAGUCCAUGGGAGUGUACGGCACCUUCUGGUUCUUCGCCGCUGCCUGUCUGACUUGCAGCCUCGUCGGAUGGUGGCUGCUGCCGGAAACCAAGGGACGACCUUUGGAGGACAUCCUCAAGGAACUCAACGGUGGAAAGGAUGUCAUCGUUAGCAGCUCCCAAUGACGCGUUCUACUUGUGCCGAAGAUAUUUCUGACGUGUUUCGC